GUAGCCUCGUUAAACGGACGCCCGCCGUCGUCCGUAUGGUUCGUUGGGAAAGCUCGUGGUCGAACCGCAUACUUGCAUUCCGACGGAGAAGAAUCCUGGAGGAGUAAGUGGAAUUCCGAACGAGGUUUGAAGAAUGCAUGCGCGAGCGUUGUGGCUGUUCCGUGUGCUGUCGGGAUACGCGCUGUUGCAAUCUGUGCGACCUGCUGACACCUGUGAUAGAGACCUGAGUGCUCUGACAAACGUUUGCAGUCGACGCAUCGUCGAUCUUUCCUACCCGUUCAAUAAUGAGACGCUGUAUUGGAAUGAAGACGACCGCUUUCGCCUCAACAUCACCACGAUUGAUGAUCCGUCCUUCGGUUGGUACCAGGCGGAUGUGCUGACGACAGCAACCCACGGCGGCACACACCUGGAUGCCCCCGUCCACUUUGACAAAAACGGCUGGACGGCUUCGCAGAUCCCGCUGUGGCGGCUAGUGGGCAUCCCCAUCGCUCUUAUCGACGUGAAAACAAAGGCGGCUAAUAAUUCCGACUACCAGCUCUCUAUCGGGGAUCUUCAACGGUGGGAGUCAAAGCAUGGGCCUCUGCCAAAUGACUCUCUCAUUGUCAUGCGCUCCGGAAGAGGAAGGCUAUGGCCCAACCGCACGCAGUACUUUGGCUUGGACGAAGACGGCAACCGCCACUAUCCUUCUAUUCGACCGCGCACCGCGCGCUGGCUGACGACGCAGCGCCGAAUCUACGGCGUGGGUCUCGAUACACCGUCGGUUGACCGAUCCAAUUCGUCCCGCACCCAUCGUAUACUUGCCGCGAAGAACAUGUACAACAUAGAGAACAUGGCCAACCUGAAUCGUGUCCCAGCCAGAGGCGCCACUGCACUCGUCAUGCCCAUGAAGAAUGAGGGCGCAAGUGGUGCUCCCGUCAGGGUUGCCGCUAUAUUGCCAUGAACUGAAAGAGAAGAAAAAAUAAAGGUUAUUUUUGUGCCAAG